AUGCUCCCUGCAGUUGGCAGUGAGCUGAUCACCAAAGCCAGGCUGAAGGCCAAGAUGUGGGAUAGGUCAGAUAUCGUGACUAUCGGCAGCUCAUUCAUUCUCAGACUGUCUGCGUACAUCUUCUUGCGCUGGAUACCAGGUCAUCACUUCCCUCCCCUCAUUCUCACUGCUUUUGCCAUUUACAUCGCCAGCAUUGUCCUCAACCACGAGUACAUCUUCGUCGCGUUGAGAAAGAGCGUUCCUAGAGUGGUGGUAGAUGCCCACCGAAAGCACGAUGAGCUGGUCCAUGGCACCAUGGGUACAGAGCUGGAAACACCGGCCGUGUACGAAGAGCCCAAGACCUCUACCAUCCGCAGCAUCCUUCUCAGCGGUCUUCCGCAUCCUCGGUUGAAAGCGUGGAGCUAUGCCACGAUUGCAAUAAAUGCUCUGCUUACUCUCUUCGCCCUUGAUCUUGUCUUCCGAGCGCCUACUCUACAUUCGGCUGAGAAUCUUCGCUUCUCGCGUGUCGGGUUUGUGGACACCACGUCAGCGAAGGUGCUGCUCAGGGAACCAGACAGCAAGCAGCUCCCCAUUUACGCUUACUACAAACCCGAGGAUUCGAGUUUCUGGAUAACAGCUGAUAAGAUCUACUACCUGGACGAAGAAACCGAUUACACCUAUCCUGUUACCUUCACUGGGCUACAGUCAGCGACGACAUAUGAUUAUGCUUUGUCUAACGAUCUGACUGGCAAUUUCACCACCGCACCUGCUCCAGGGACCUCAGCUGCAACAUCCCUCACGUUCGUCACGUCUUCUUGUAUCAAGGCCAACUUCCCCUACAAUCCUCUCAACCAUGCCCUGGAAAUCCCUGGCUUCAAACACCUGUCAGACAUCCUGGCCUCCAUCCCUUCCCCAGCUCAAUUCAUGCUUUUCCUGGGUGAUUUCAUAUAUGUAGACGUCCCUCUCCGUCUCUCCUCUACUGUCUCUCACUACCGCGCCGAAUAUCGCCGCGUCUACGCCUCACCCUCGUGGGCUCUACCUCACCUUAAACUUCUCCCCUGGCUCCACACGCUCGAUGACCACGAAAUCGCUAACGACUGGUCCAACGGAAACACAACUCCACCAUAUCCCUCGGCCAGUGACCCCUUUUACCACUACCACGUCAGCGUAAACCCACCCACACCACCUUACCUCCUACCUGCCAAUCCCAACAUAACCUAUUUCCAAUUCACCAACGGCCCAGCCUCCUUCUUCAUGCUCGACACGCGCACCUACCGCACCACCCCCGACCCGCUCGACCCUUUAAAUCCCAACACCACUAUCCUCGGCGCCACCCAACUCCAAACCCUCCUCACCUACCUUCGCACCUCCGAACCAUCGCACAUCCAUUGGAAAAUCCUCACCACCUCCGUCCCUUUCACUAAAAACUGGCGCUUCGGCACCCUCGACACCUGGGCCGGCUUCCCCGCCGAACGCGCCACCGUCUUAUCGGCAAUGCACUACGCCGAGCGCAAACUCGGGGUCCGCGUCGUCAUACUGAGCGGCGACCGCCACGAAUUCGGCGCCAUCCGCUUCCCACAUCCACAGCCCUAUCUUCUCCCUCCCCCACCAUCACUAGCCCCCGGUGCCCUCCUCUCAUCUAGAAGCAGGACCGUGCCUCCAAACCUGCGCUCAACGUCGCAAUCUGGACCCCACGAAUUCUCCGUGGGUCCGCUCUCCAUGUUUUAUCUGCCCUUCCGGACCUUCAAACAGGUCGAUGAUGAGGAUGUGACGAUCAAAUACAUGCCGGAUGGGAAUAGCAAGGUGGGCGUUGUGCACGUUGAGGGGGUGGAGGGGGACAGGACCAAGAGCUUGAUGAGGUACAGUCUCUAUGUUGACGCGGAGCUGAAGUGGGAGUAUGUGUUGACUUCUCCUGCGGAAGAGUUUUGGGAGAGCAGUAGAGGUGGCGGUGCUGGGGCGUUGGGAAGCGGAGUGCAGGAGCUGCUGGUGGGCAGUGGGGAAAGCCUUUGGCUAUGA